AUGUUUCAUCCAAUCACUCAAAGAUUUCUCUCAAUUCUGCCAUUUCACACAAUUAUUAAUGUUUUACUAGUGACCAUCAUCUCUAUCACUUUAAUAAUAUUCUAUCGGAAAAGAAAGAAUCUUCAUUCCCGAGAAUUCUCAACCUCCUCUUCGACGAUUCAAAUCAAUUCAUUCCUUUCCGAUCCGAAGGGUGGUCAAAAGAUUCUUGAAGAGGAUGAUGACAAUGAACAACAACAAGAAGGAAUACUCAUGAUGAACAACAACAACAAUCAUUUGAAUGAGUCUGAUUCAUUGACAAAUGAUAUUAGUACAUCAUCUUCCAACAAGAUUCACCAACAACAACAACAACAGAAUGAUCAUGAUUUCAAAGAUUCACCGACGCAUCAUGAUGAUGAUGAUUAUUCUUCUUCUUCUGAACACAAUUUUAUUGGUCAACUCCGUUCAGAGGAGUAUUCAACUAGGAUCGGACGAGAGUGGAGAUUUUUAAAAAACUUGAAAGAGAGAGCAAUGAACAACAACAUGUUUCUCUCUGUCCAACUACAACAACAACAACAACACGACUUUAUAGAAUUAAUCAAACGCAUCAAUGAAAAUUAUCAAAAAGAUUAUCUUAUUUUACAAUCACCAAUUGCGAGAGGAAGAGUGUUUAAAGACUCCACGACUCUGAUGCAAUUAGGGACAGCAGUGAUCAUCGUUCAGUCACGUAGUCGUGGAGUUCUCUCUCGACGUUCACAUGAAUCUCUAAAGAGUGGAUUGAAAAAGAUCAAGUUAUUGGAGGAAGCAAUAUCGACAAGUCUUAGUCAUGAGAUCACCAUCAUGAUGGAUCGUAGUGAUCGUACUAGUAGUAGUGAUCAUAAUAAUAAUUUUAGCAUGAUCAUCGAUACUGAAAGUAGUAGUAGUAGUAGUUGUACGACAAGUAGUAGUAGUUGUACUGGAAGUGUGAGUAGUGGUAGUAGUAGUAGUUGUACGACAAGUAGUAGUAGUAUUGACAAUACGGAUCUGACUUGCCAUGAUGAUGAAAUGAAACAAGAAACCACCAUCCAUGCAACCACCAGGACCACUCUUCAAAAAGAGUUCAAUGCUAUCGAUUUCCCUCAACAGGUAAAAGUCAACAAUGAAAUGGAAUUAAUUGUUGAUUCAAUUACUGCUACUACUACGGAUUCAUCAUCACUAACACUCCUACAAGCCUUAUGGAGAGGACAUUUCAUACGAAGAAAACAUGAAUUUCAUUUGUUUCAAAAACGACUCAUUCUCUUCCAAGCACUUGUACGAUCCUUCUUAUUGUUACAACAACGAAAACAAUCACUCCAACAACAUUGGAAGGAGUUACAAGAAUCUACCACAACCACUACCAUUACCACCACCAACACCACCAACACACCUUCUUCUUCUUUCGUAUCCUCAUACUCUCCUUCUAAGGAAUUCGAAGAAUUUCAAAAAGAAGAGAAUGAAGAAUUCCAUAAAGAGAAUUCACCACGAGGAGUAGUAGUAGUGGAGGAGGAGGAAGAUGAGGAGGAAACAAAUGAUAGUCACAUUCAUUCUACGACUAUUCAUUCUACUACUACUACAGCUUCUCCUAUUCAUACUACUUUAGAUCAUCAUCCAAUGGAGACUUGUGGUAGGACUGCAACUGAAAUGAAAGAGAUCACCCACUCAUCCAACCUUAUUGUUGAUGAUGAUGAUGACUUGUUUCUUACUCAAGAAGAAGAAAACCAUUCUCAAUGCUCAACAACAACAACAACACCACCACCACCACCAUCAUCAUCAUCGUCCUUAUCAACACCACCAACCAAUACCACCACCAAUAGCACCACAACUAGUACUGCUGAAAUGAAUCCAACCGGUGUGGAUACUAGUAGUAGUAGUAUUCACAGGCCAUCCUCCUCAUCUUCCUCCUCCUCCACGUGUGCAACCCAAGCGACCCAAGAGAAAGAAGAAUUGAAAUUCUCAUCCUCAUUACCUGAAAUACCAUAUGCACCAUCAACAACAACAACAACUCCAACACCACCACCACCCUUAUCAACAACACCACCACCACUCACUACUAGUACUCCAAUCCUUUCAGCUUCAAACAACAGCACCACCACCAUGAUGAUGAUGAUGAUGGAGAAUGUUACUACUACUACUACUCUUCCUUUAGAAGGAGUGGUGAAUCAAAAUGAAAAGGAGAAGAGUGAAACCAUCUCAACAACAACAACACCUGAAAUAACAACAACACCACAUUAUUAUGAGGAGAUUCAACAACCAUCAACAACAACACCACCACCCUUAUCAACAACAACAACAACAACACCACCACUCGAAUCACCACCAUCGCACGUUGAACACCUCUCAGAAUAUUCUGCUCAUUAUUAUUAUGAAGAAAAGAAACACGACUAUGAACAAGGCACCGAUUUGAAAAAAUUAACAGAAAUUUUGAAAGAAUUGAACAACAAGGAACAUGCUUCAACUACUACUACUACUAAUACUAUUACUACUACUACUACUACCACCAUGAACAACAACAACAUGAUCACCACCACCACUGAGGGCAGCAAUAAUUCUAGCCAUAAUAGUACUACUACUGAAUCCAUUAUUGGAGAUUCCUUUCAAUGGGUGGAUCCUUCACGUGUGAAACAACUUGAGAUUCAAGUGAAACCUAGAAUGGUGAAUGUAAUGGAUGAUCAUCCUCAAGAUUUAUCAACCUUACCCAUUUAUUUGUAUUUGUUUCUUAUUUCAAACCGUGGAAAUUAUCGUGAUGUGGAAAUUUCUAAAGAAAAAGCAAAGCAUAAUCGUGGAAUUGCAAAUCUUCAAUUCUCAUGUGAUCCUCCAAAUAUUUUGAGAAAAACAAAUCAUAACAAUCAUAAUAACAAUCAUAACAAUAAUAAUAAUAAUAUGGAAGGAAAUACAACAACAGAUGAUGAACAAGCAAGUGAUAAUCACCAAAAGUGUUUACUAUCUUUCACUGUAGUAUUUGGAGAAUUGUCAGAAAGUUUUGAUAGGAUUGUAUUUGGAGUGUAUGUGGAUGUUUCUGAAAUGAGAAAACACUCAAAUCAUACGAAUAAUAAUAUUAUUGAGGAUCAACAAGAGUUGUUAGAAUCAUCAUUAUUACCUUGUCUCAUGGAAUAUGAUUUGGAUAUAAUGUUGAAGGCAACAAUGAAACAAGACGAUGAAGAAUUAUGUCAACACUUUGAAACUCGUUUUAAACCUUUUGAUGAUGCAUGUCCUCUUGAGAAGGGCAAUGAUCGUGUGUUUUUCAGUAUUGGAUUGCUGAGAAAAGAGGAUCACCAAUCGAAUUGGAAAUUUGAACCACUCUUAAUCAAUCAUCAACAGACCCAACUGAAAGUGGCCAAUAUUCAUGAAGUAUUGAACAUUUAA